AUGGCCGACCAAGUUCCCGAAAGCCUCCGCCAGCUGAUCGCCGCCCUCGACAUCAUCUUUCUCUUCAUCUACCUCGCCGCCUCGUACCUGCCCUUCAUCUACAGCUCAUGGAACUACAAGAAGGGCAUAAUAAUGAGGCGAGAUAUUUGGAUAGCCACCGCCGUCCUGACCAUGUCGGCGAUCCGGAUGGUGGGGAUGCUGUGUUUCAUCAUGUACUAUAUGCAAGGUGGGAGGGGCUCUAGUAUGUACAGCGUUACUCUCGGCCUGGGAGUCAUGCUCUCUUUGAAAAUCAGCCCCCUUGACGCUAGGGUGACUAGAUGGGCGUUCAAGACGCUCAAAUGGGCGGGGAGGAAGAAGGACAGCCUAGAGUCGGGGCCUCAUCAGCCUUCCGCCGGCACGGAGCCCAUGGCCCCCAUCCCUCGAAGCCAGCAAGUACCCGUCCCCGUCAAUCCCAACGGGGAACUCCUAUCGGAAAGAGAUGGGAGUUCUCUUCAUGAAUUCCUGGUCGCCAUGUACUGGAGUGUCCCUAUCAGCACCUUCAUAGCGGCCACGGUCUGCGCCGGGCUCGUCAUGUCCAAAUCACAACAGCACGAUCGGUACUCGCUUGAGACCAUCAUGAUCUUGUUGCUGCCGCCGAUAUUUCUGAUGAUCAACAGAUGCUUCUCCUCCGCUGGACGUCCGAGUCCAGCGAACCCCAGCCUAUUGCGACCUGACGGCUGGUACUCGUGGAUGAUGGGGACCAUAUUCGGAGUGGCGAUUUUUCUUGCAUCAUACGCCUCCUAUUGUAAAUUGAGAAAGGAGGCCGUUCCCAAUAUGGACGAUUUCUGGACUCAGUUCGCAGGUGUAAUGCUUGGUUGGGGUGGAUGA